AACACCGUUGUGGUGGAGCGCUGGUGGCAGGUGCCUUUAUCUAAAGUGGGCAGCCCGCCGAGGCUUCACCCUCGAAGGCACAAGAUCUACAAGUUGGUUGAAGACACUAAACGCAAUCCCGCAGGGAAGAUGGAGCUCAUCCUGACUCAGACAGUGCCCAAGGUGGGUGGGCGAGGAGACACUGUGUUAGUGAAAAAGUCUAUUGGCAGGAAUAAGCUGCUGCCCCAAGGCCUCGCGGUGUAUCCAUCGCCGGAGAACAAACAGAUUUUUGCUGAGGAGUUAAGACUUUUGCGUGAGGGGAAGCCAGAGGAAAGAACCCAAACUCGCACUGGACAGCUUACAGUGGGCUUUCUUAAACAAGCCACGUUGAAAAUAAACCAAAUGCCUUCGGAUGAAUUCCAGGUCACUAAAGAGGUCCUCCGCAGACAGUUUGUCAAGAAGCUGGGAGUUGUUAUGCCACCUCACGCAUUGAGUUUUCCAUUUGAGUCUGUCAAGGAAGUGGGUGACUACUGGUGUGAAGUUACGGUUAACGGAAUAGACACAGUUCGCGUCCCCGUGUCACUGUUGCCAUUCGAAGACCCGUCCACAAAGUAUCGGAAACAGUUGAAAGCACAAAAGCUACAGGAGGCAGGCGUAAAUGUUUCAGAACCUUCUACAGCUGGUGAAGACUUAUAGUAGUGAAGCUUCAACCUCAACAGGAGCCUCUGCUGCUGAAGAAACGUCGGCCAGUGCACAGACAAUUCAAGACACAACAGCACCCCCAGGUGACUGCCCCAAGAAAGAUUAAAGGACUCCAAAUGAACUGUAGAACUGAAAUGGAUAAUACACAUUAUACACGCAUACAACAAUGUUGUGCUUGACUAUUAAAAUGUUCAUUUUCAUUCAGU